AGGGCACUUCCGGUCCAUUACUACCAUUACUACCACACUCCGCCAGACUUUAUACAGGACUACUCGUAUACAUACCGAAUUAUUAUACGACCAAAAAUGAGCAACAGACAAGAGCGAGAGGCCGAGGACCGCUACGAAGCGGAGAACGAUGCCUCACCUGUCCCAGGAUUCGAGGUAGACAAUUCAUACGUCGGCGAGACCAACUCCAACUUGAGAAACGUCGUGCCCGUUCAGAACGACGAAGCCGGUUACGAUGAUCCAAUGCAGCCACCAUACUCGAACACGGAUGAGCAACUGGCCCAAGACGAGCGUGAGGCAAUUGACCAAUCGAAUAUCCUCGGAGGAGACAGAUUGCGACACGCUAAGCCGCGCUCGAGGAAUGCAUAUAAUGAAGGGCCCGGCGAGGAUGACCUACCCAGCGUCGUGAGCCAAGGUCAGUCGGGCCGAUCUGCUGCAGGUCGAGCGGUCGAGUAAUGGUUGAGUCAUGUUUGUCUGUUCUUUUGAGUGCUUUCCUGCUGAUGUCUGUGUUAUGAACGUAUUGUACAAUAUAUGAUAGCUGCAAUCUAGUCUUUUUUUGAGUUGUUUCC